UGCGGCUCUAGCGGCCCCGCGAUGAGCGGCUCCUCCAUGGCGAAGAGCGAGUCCCGCACUUCGCUGCUGAAGGCGGCGGGGAGCCGGAGGGCUGCGGACGCCCAGCCCCAGCCCCGCGGCAGCCGCGCCCGGGACGGCAGAAGACAAGGCGGGCAGGCGGGGAGGGAGCUGAGCCAGGAGCCGCUCCCCGGGGAGCCCAGUGCCCGCAGGCCGCUCUGCCACCCGGGCGCCCGGGAGGACGGAGCGAGGGGCGCGGGGAAGCUGUCACAUGGACGGGGGGAGAGCCAGCAGGAGCCGGCGGAAGGAGGUCCAAGGAGAAGCAGCGGCAAGGAACCAGUGCGGACAUCCAGGCAUCACCACCACCUCCCGCAGCACGCCAGCCACGGGCACCCCCAGGACCAGCAUCAGCUCUCAGACAGGGAUGGGGAGGAGGCAGAGGAGGACUUUUUCUACAGUCACAGGCAGCGGUCCAGCAGAGAGUCCCUAAAGCUCUCGGAAGGCGCUUCACCUCUGUCCAAAUCCAGCAGCAAGUGCUCCACCAAGUCCAGUGGCAGCGAUCGGUCGGUGGAAGCGGACCCCCUCUUCCAGCAGCUGCACCCUAUGCUCAGCUCGGUCUUUGGCCAGGAUAGAGAACUGCGUCCAGAAGAAAUUGAAGAAUUAAGAGAAGCCUUUAAGGAGUUUGAUAAAGACAAGGAUGGUUUUAUUAACUGCAGGGACCUGGGGAACUGCAUGCGAACCAUGGGCUACAUGCCUACUGAGAUGGAGCUAAUAGAGCUCUCCCAGCAGAUCAACAUGAACUUGGGUGGCCAUGUGGAUUUUGAAGAUUUUGUUGAGCUGAUGGGACCAAAGCUGCUAGCAGAAACUGCAGACAUGAUUGGUGUAAAAGAGCUCCGUGAUGCCUUCAGAGAGUUUGACACCAAUGGUGAUGGGGAGAUCAGCACCAGUGAGCUGCGAGAAGCCAUGAAGAAGCUUCUAGGGCAGCAGGUGGGCCAUCGGGAUAUUGAAGAGAUCAUCCGGGAUGUGGAUCUGAAUGGAGAUGGACGUGUUGAUUUUGAAGAGUUUGUUCGCAUGAUGUCCCGUUGAAGAUUAUUCUCAGCUAAAGAAGAAUCAGCACCUUAGAGAGGGCAGAAGAGGACCUAGAUGGAGCAUCUAGCCCCGAUGUUCCCAUGUGAAGGUUUAUCGGCUGGCUGCAACUGGGACAUUGCAAGAUGACCUGCUGCUCCUCCCUCAUGGUGGUCCCCAUGCCCCUCCACCCUUUCACACUGUGAAAGACUUGCAACUUCCUACAACUGGAACCAUUCCUUGGAAAUGAUUGCAGGAAACUGCAGAGCCAGGACUUGCCAUGAUGCUUUCAUGGGAUAUUUGCAACUUUAGACUCCUCCUCCCCAGCUUUGUUCUCCCACCAGCUGCUGCAAAGCAAGAGCAGGAGAAAUCCUCUUGGCUUGCUGGAUGAGAGCAAAGCCAUUGGGACUGGUGGCAGCCUCAGGGCGUGCUCUGCACUUCUUGGUUUCCCUUGGUGAACCGUGUCUGUGUUUGCUGUCUAUGUGUGUGUGUCUAUCUGUGUGGAGUUAUUUAUGCUUCCCCGGCACGUAUUUCGCAUCUCCUGUGAUUAUGUUUACCAAGAGUACAUUCAAAUACAUGUCUUGAGGGGAGAAAGCGAUAAAUAUGCACGCUGAAAUGA